AUGUCAGAACCCAUCCCCGAGUCGAUUCCCACGUCCCACGAUCGUCGUUCAAAACGACCGACGAAGCGCCGCGCUCUCUCUCCAGUCUCCUUUCAAGCUUCGGCAGUAACCUCCCUAUUCGCUAAACCUGAUCGCGAAAUUAUUCUUCCACGCGGUCCCAAAGCCAAAACUCUCCCGCCACCUCCGGAAAUCGUUGCAAACGUUCAAGGCUCAUCUGCCGGUGCAGGUUCUGGCGAGUUUCAUGUUUAUAAAGCUGCGCGGAGGAGAGAAUAUGAGAGAAUCCGGUUGAUGGAGGAGGAGGUUAAGAGGGAGAACGAUGAAAAGGAGUUCUUAGAAAAAACCGAAGAACUUAAGAAGAAGGAUGACGAGCGGACGGAGAAAAACCGGAAGAGGAGGAUGAAGAAGAAGCAGAAAGGAAAGGGCGGCAAGGCUGAUGUUGAGAUGAAAGAUGAACCGAAGGAUACAAAUGGCGGCACCGCCAAUGGGAAGCCAAACGAAAAUUCGAAUGGUACUGCCAUAAAAGAAAACACGAACGGAAUAAAUGCUAGCGAGAUGAAGGCGCAAGAGAGAUCUUCGCCCCCCGUGGAGUACAAAGAAGGGAAUGGACUUAUUAUUCACGAUGAGUCCGAUUGA